CUGUGGUUUUAGAAGGCCCAGCCAAAAGACCUCCCUCCUCGUCAGCCGCCUUUUUCUUUUUUCUUUUUUUUAUGUAUAUAUAUAUUUUCUCCUCCUAUUAAUUAAUUAAUUAAUUAAUAACGAAAUGGGGGAGGAGAAGACAAGGAAAGAAAGAGAUGGCGCGGGGGAUCGAAGAAGGUGAUAUGAGCCUCCGGCGGAGGCCGAUGACGGCGCACGCGCACGCGCUCGCCGCGCACGCCCUCCUCCUCUGCUUCUCCCUCCUCCUCGCUCUCAAACUCGACCGUCGAUUCUCCCACUCUUGGUGGAUUGUUUUCAUUCCCCUGUGGUUGUUCCACGCUGUUGUUUCUCGCAGUAGAUUCUCUUUACCUGCUCCGUUAUCGCCUCACAACCACCAUUGGGCGCCUUGUCAUUCUAUUGUUGCUACACCAUUGCUUGUGGCAUUCGAGCUACUUCUGUGUGUUUAUCUUCAGAGCGUCGAUGAUCAUGGAGAACCUGUUGUGAGCUUGAAACUUGUGUUUCUUCCACUGUUGGCAUUUGAAUUAACAAUUUUUAUUGAUAAUAUCAGGAUGUGUAGUGCUUUGAUGCCUGUAAAUGACGAAACUGCAAGUGACAGGGCUAUUUGGAAGAGACUUCCUCACUUCUGGGUUGCAAUCUCCAUGGUGUUUCUUGUAGCAGCUACCUUGUUCACACUCCUCAAGUUGAGCGGAGAUAUAGGUGGCUUAAGCUGGUGGGAUUUAUUUAUAAAUUUUGGAAUUGCAGAAUGUUUUGCGUUUCUUGUCUGUACAAAGUGGUCUAACCCUCUGAUCGGUAGACAACCAUCUCAUUUUGCAACGACUUCAUUUACACUUCCCAGAUAUAGUAGGUGGUACUGUGGCUCAUCAUCUUCCUCUUUGGAGGAUUAUGAUGAGGAUAGAUUUUGUGGUCUGCAGGAUAUUGGAAGCUAUGUUAUGAAAGUUCCUCUUCUAAUUUUUCAGGUUCUCUUAUGUAUGCGCUUAGAGCGGACACCUCCUGGUGCACAAUUCAUCCCAAUUUUUGCUCUUUAUUUGCCGAUAUUUCUUCUGCAAGUAACUGGUAUCUUUGUUGCUCUCUGGAGAUUACUUGAGAAGCUUGUUCUCUUAGUACGUAGUGGACCAAUCAACGAAAGAUAUGUUGCAAUCUCAUCAAAAAUUUAUGAUUUCUUUACAUUGGUGCAUCAUGGUUCAAGACUUCUCAGUUGGUGGUCUAUUGAUGAAAGAAGUAAUGAGGAAAAAGCUCGCCUGUAUCAUGCUGGAACUACCGGAUACAAUACUUUCAGUGGCUAUGCACCAGAAAUGCUAAAGAAGAUGCCUAAGAAAGUUCUAAUAAAAGAGGUUUCAAGACUGCAAGUUGUUCUGGGAGAACAAACUGAAAUUGCCAAGAAUACCCAAGAAGAGUAUGAAAGACUUCAAAAUGAAAGAGUCUUGUGCAGGAUUUGCUUUGAGAAAGACGUACGCAUAGUCUUACUUCCUUGCCGGCAUUGUACUCUUUGCCAACCCUGUUCAGCAAGGUGUCAGACGUGUCCAAUUUGCCGUGUGCCUAUUAUGAAGCGGAUAACUAUAAAUGAUCGAGAAAAGCUGAAUCAUGCAUCAGACCAAGAUCAUUAUGUGGAUUUGAAGAGUAUCAUGCAUGCGAAUUUUGUCUAAUUUGGCUUAUUGGGUUCUCUGUUUUUGGGAGGUAAAUAAUAUUGGCUGGCUGUGCUGAAGCCAUCAAGCUUUUUUUUUUUUUUUUUUUUUUUUUUUUCUCACAUUGUGGGUGUUACAGCUAUUUAUUUUGAUUUACUUCUAUUGUUUUGAUUUAUUUCUAUGUAUAUACAUAUGUAAGUUAGUGUUAUUCCCUCUUGUAAUGUGACAGCUAACAAAUUAAGUCUAAUCUUAGAUGUCACUGUAAGUGAUCUUUUCUUUUGACCUAUUAUAGUUAAUUAAUG